CUGCCGGGGAGGCGCGGAGUCGCGGGAAACCCGGCCUGACGCUGGCGCCGCUGCCCUGCGGGGACCCGCCGCGGCGCCCCUCUCUCCCCGACCCUCCUCCCUGUGACCCCCACCCGAGAGAAGUCAGGUCGUUUGGAAUGACAAAAGAAGUGUGGCUCAGAAAUGUUUUCAUUGUGCCGGGUGGUAAAAGGUGUCUCACCCGGGGCGGCGGGCCCGGGAGGGACAUGGGCCGGAGGGGGAGGCCCGCGGCCACCCGGCGUGCAGCAGCCCCGGGGACACCCGGACCCUCCGGAGCCCUCCCCACCCCCACCGUCGCCUCCGGCCGCUCGGGACGGCGGGGACGCUCUCGGGUGGCCCCGCCCGCCCCCGCGCGCGUCUCCAGUCCUCUCCGCCCCGCCUGGCUCGCUGCGAGCUUUGCCCAUUUCCCAGGACCCGGCAGAGGAGGCCGCAUUGAGGGCACGCCGGCCCCCUCCUGCCUUCUGGUCCUGGCACUCCUGGUCACCCUCAGUGCAGGCGACGCAGCUGCAGCCCAGAGGAGACACUUGGACAUCUCUACUUCAGAAAACUGAGAGCCACUGUCAAAAUAGACACCUGCAAACUCUCCACCACAGAGCAGAAUUCCCAUUGUGCGGAUGGAAACAGCCAGAUUUCUGAGGGUUAAGUGAUGUGUACAGGUCUGGGACGUCUCUUUCGGCACUCAGCCCUGUGUCUUGGCAGCGGCGGGAUUUGAAGAUGGCAGCGAGGGUCUUGUGGGGAGGCCUCGGACUGCUCCGCCUGGGGUGGUGUCUCCUUCCGCAGACAGGCUACGUGCAUCCGGAUGAGUUCUUCCAGUCCCCUGAGGUCAUGGCAGAGGACAUCCUGGGCGUAGAGGCCGCACGACCAUGGGAAUUUGACCCCAGCAGCUCCUGCCGCACAGUGGUCUUCCCACUGCUGACCUCUGGCUCUGCCUUCUGGCUGCUCAGGCUCUGGGAGAAGUGGGGGCCAUGGCCCGGCCCUGUGAGUGGUUAUGUACUGCUGGUGGGGCCCCGACUCCUCCUCACUGCCCUCUCCUUUGCCCUGGACAUGGCUGUGUACCAUCUGGCCCCUCUGUGGGGAGCAGAUCGCUGGAACGCCCUGGUCCUGCUGUCUGGUUCCUAUGUCACCCUGGUCUUCUACACAAGGACUUUCUCCAAUGCCAUCGAGGGGCUGCUCUUUGCAUGGUUGCUGGUACUAGUAUCCCACCGUGUACUCUGGAGCCCCAGAACCCAGAGGGCCGCUCUGGGCCCACAGUGGCACAGCUGGCUUCUCGGGGGCAUCGUGGCUGCUGGCUUCUUCAACCGGCCCACGUUUCUGGCCUUUGCUCUGGUCCCCCUUUUACUCUGGGGUGUUUGUGGAGCUACAAACCCUGGCUUCAAGUCACUGACCCAGGAAGCUGUGGUGCUGCUCCCAGGGGCGACCCUCACGGCAGCAGUUUUUGUGGCUGUGGACAGCUGGUAUUUCUCCAGCCCCUCCAGGCCCAGUUUCCUGGUCCUAACACCUGCCAACUUCUUGCACUACAACCUGGAUCCUCAAAACCUGGCGAGGCACGGCACACACAUGCGGCUCACUCACCUGGUGGUCAAUGGCUUCCUGCUCUUCGGGGUGCUGCAUGCCCAGGCCCUGCAGGCUGCAUGGCAGCAGCUGCAAGCCUGCCUCCAGGCCUUUGCACAGAAGGGCAUCCUGAAGGCGCUGGGCGCCAGGGGUCUGCUGUCCAACCCCAGGAUUCAGCUCCUGCUCCUCUACUUCAUGCCUCUGGCCCUGCUGUCUGCCUUUAGCCACCAGGAGGCUAGGUUCCUGAUCCCCCUCCUCGUCCCCCUGGUCCUGCUCUGCAGUCUGCAGACCGAGCGUGUGCCCUGCAAAGGUGUGCUGGUCCUUUUCAAUGCCCUAGGUGCCCUCUUCUUUGGCUGCCUGCACCAGGGUGGCCUAGUGCCUGGCCUGGAGCACCUGAAGCACGUAGUUCAUACACCUGCACUUCCAAGCAUACCCACCCACUACACACUCCUCUUCACCCACACCUACAUGCCUCCUCGGCACCUCCUAUACCUCCAUGGGCUGAGGUCGCCUGUGGAAGUGGUGGACAUGGGUGGCACUGAGGACCAGGUCUUGUGCCAAGCCCUGAACAACUUCACCAGCCAACCAGCUUGCCAGGUGGCUGGGGGGCCAUGGCUCUGCCGUCUCUUUGUGGUGACUCCUGGCACCACCAGGCCUGCCAUGGAGAAGUGCAGGUUCCCCCUCAAGAACGAGACACUUGUGUUUCCCCACUUGACUAUGGAGGACCCACCCACCCUGACCUCCUUACUGAGUAGGGCUUGGAGGGACCAUCUCAGCCUUCACAUCCUGGAGCUGGGAGAGAAGCCUGCCAAUACAAAAGAAAAGGCAUCAUCCAACACUCAGCGGUAGGUGGAGGCGCCCCUCCAGGGAGGGGGAGGAGGGCUGCCCCAUCCAGGCACAGGAAGUGCACAGCCUCUGGCUGCUGUGUUCUUCUGGAUGAGCUGCCACGCUUCCCCCUCAGAGACCAAAGAGCAGACUAGUCACUCAAGGUUCCCAGAGCCCCUAUUUCUUCUAGCCACUGUGAUGUUCUAAAUAUGUACUGGCAUCUGAUGGUGGAGACAGCUUCUGCUGAUGCCAUUCCUGAGUGACCUCUCCCAACCCAUCCAAGGAAGCCUUACCUCUUUGCUGUCAUGACAACCCUUUAGCAUCCUAGGUACUGACAAGCUGUAGAGCAAGCAGAUAGCUCAAGUUCACAGAUGUGAAUCCUACUCCCUUGCUGGACUCACUGGCAUGGGAUCUUGAAGAAGGCCCUGAUAAAGGUCAGUUUCCCAGUGUGUAUGUGGAUCAGGGGGUCACAGAGCCAUCUGCCACCUAUCGAGGCCAUUCCUGGGUCUGCAGCACAUCCCCUGGGGAGGUGUCUUUUCUAAAGCCUUUUAAGCACAGGAGUGGGUAUGCUGGUGUGUUUAAUGGCCCCUUGGUGCCUGCUGUAUUCUUUUAUUUGAUGUUGUUAUUACCAAACAAGUCAUUCUGGAACUUUU